AUGUAUAAGCAGAAACAUGAGUUCGAUUACGACGUUCAACUGUUAGCGAUCCGAAGCCUCCACUUCAGUAGGAUGGUCUAUCCCAUUAACAUCAGUGAGCAUUUUGGACAAAACAUUUAUGUGGCAGGAUGGGGCUAUCAGAAGGAACGUGGUGACUACCACGACACUCUUCAACAAGCCAUGAUCACGAUGGUACCGAUGAAGGAGUGCCAAACUGUGAAGAAUAAGUGGUACAAUCACUCCCUCACGCCUAGAAUGUUCUGCGCGGGAGGGUGGGGGAGAGAUGCUUGUCAGGGCGACAGUGGUGGUCCAGCGGUGUCCCGCGGGAAACUCGUCGGCCUCUCGUCUUUCGGCUUCGGCUGCGGGCGACGAAUGCCGGGAGUUUACACCAACAUCUCUGAAAGCAGUAUUAGAGAAUGGAUUAGAGAACAUACUGGUGUUUAG